AUGCGGUUCCGCAUAGCCAGCACUUCGUCGUUUCAACCAAGCACGAGGCAUCGUCGUUGGAAAGUACGCUACUACAACCCACCAACACCCAAAGUGCAGCCGGAUAAAGACAGGGGCAUCCCUUCUGUCCAGAUAAUAUACGAGCCUUCGGAAGUCUGGAGCGACCAUGUGAUCCCUUUGGUCCUAGACAAAUUCUCGGUCAAACUUGUGGAUACAGCCAUAGACGGUGGCAUGUUCGCUACCAUUCCACGCAUCAUAUCCAACUCACAAGAGGGUUCCCCAGUCUAUGCACUCUGCGAUGCUAUUGCAUCUGCGUAUUUAGCUGGUACAAGAGGGACAGCAGCUGCAAUAGCCAACAGAGCUCGUGCGUAUGGGACCGCACUACGGACAGUCAAUCUAGCUCUAGAUGAUCCUGUUCAAUAUAAGAAUGACAGCACCUUACUAGCUGUUUGGAUGUUUGUAGUAUAUGAGGUAAGAAUUAAUUUUUGCCUGGGUACCACAGAAGGGAAGAACUGA